AUGACAAAACCUGUACUGUCUGACCGGCUUGCGAGAUGGUACCUUCAGUUUCAACAAUUUGAAAUUAUUUAUGUACCAGCAAAGGCUGUCAAAGGACAAAUAUUGGCAAACUUUCUAACCGAUCAUCCCAUGUCUGCCGAGUGGGAGUUGACUGAUGAACUCCCUGAUGAAGAAGUGUUUAUGAUCGAAUCUCCAUGGUCGAUGUAUUUCUAUGGAGCUGCUCACCGUGAUGAAGCUGAUGCGGGAGUUGUCUUUUAUACUCUUGAAGUAGAUAUAUUGUCGUACUCUUUCACUUUAACACGUCGGUAUUCAAAUAAUAUGGCCGAGUAUAAGGCGUUAAUUCUCGGUCUUGAAACGACUGUAAACAUGAAGCAGUUGCAUCUUAGAGUCUAUGGUGAUUCAAAAUUAGUGGUAAAUCAACUUCUUGGUAUUUAUGAUAUCAAGAAAGCUGAAUUGAUCCCAUAUUAUAAGUAUGCAAGGCAACUCAUGGGAUAUUUAGACAAUAUCACUAUAGAACAUAUCUCUAGAAAAUUCAACCAACAAGCUGACUCUUUGGCAAGAUUGGCGUCCAUGAUCACUCUACCUUCUCAUCAAAAUCAAAUUUCGAUAUGUCAAAAUUAG